AUGGAGGACAAAGUAAAGACGGUUUUCUUCUUCUUCUUCUUCUUCUUCUUCUUCUUCUUCUUCUUCUUAGACACUAUAUUAGCCUUCGGCCGUCAGCUGAAGGACAUGAUAUCUGCUUUUCCUGAAAAACAGCAGGCUCCUCCCCUCUCCUCCUCUACACCUGUCCAGAGGGUGGAGCCUACAGUCGUCUCUUCUAUAAAGCGUUCGACUCCCUCUGCGGUCGUCCCGGUGACCUCUAACCCCCCCUCCUCCACCCCCCCUCCUCCUUCUGAGCCUCCUGUUUCCAUGGCGACGUCUAAACCACAUCCUAAAAUCAUCCUGAGCACCAGAAACGAGCCCAUCGGGCUGAACGUGGCCGACUUCCUGCCUUCGUCCCCUCUCAACAGAGGCGGAGCUCUGAGUGAUGAUGAAGCUCUGUCUCAGCUGAAGAAGGGUCAUGACACCAUGUGUGUGAUGCUGAGGAGCCGACACAAGAACCUGGAGACGGUCCGGUCCGUUUGGGCCCGAGAGGACAUCAAGAGAGCUCUGGACGCUGCUGUCUCCAUGAAUGAUCUGUCUAUUGUGGUGGACAUCCUGAACAUCAUCAACCUGCAGCCGUCGCUAUGGAAACUGGACUUAUGCACGACGAUUCUUCCUCCGAUCGACCAACUCCUGCACAGUAAAUAUGAGAGCUAUAUCCAGACCGGCUGUACGUCUCUGAAGCUCAUCAUGAAACAUUUCUGGAUGUUGAUCUCUGACACUCUGAAGGCGACUCCGUCUGUGGGCGUCGACAUCACCCGAGAGGAGCGACACCAGAAGUGCAGAUCGUGCUGCAGGCAGCUGAAGAACCUGAGCAACGUGGUGAAGAACAAGGCGGAGCAGGUCGGUCGACAUGGCAGCGCCUUCAGAGAGCUGCAGCUGAUCAUGACGCCGCUGGACGACUGAGGAGGAGGCUGAUUUAAAGCUUCACGUGUGUCAUGUCACUGAAGAACUGUUAUUUAAAGACAUUCCUCUUCCUGUUCACUCUGAGGAAAUCGCAGAAGAAGAAGAUCAUGGAUCCUGAGUCUCAGAUGAACGGUCGGUUCAGAGGGUUCUGGAUGACCUCACCUGUACUAAACUACAACUGACUCGCCUUAAAAGAACAGUUUGACAUUUUGUUGAGGGUGAGAUUGAUGUCUGUCUGGUGAACAUGAAGCUGUAGCUGCUUAGCUUAGCAUGAAGACAUGUGUCCUGGAGUCUGGCCGAUCGGAGCCGUUACUCAGCUGGAAUAAACAAAUCUUCCAUAUUUAUUCCAUCAAAGACUUUUCCGAUGUUCAAAUAUUUUGUUCUUGCUGUUUAUUUAAAUAAAGUUGUACAUGUUGGGAUUAAAGAAGAGUCUAUUUGUACCAGC